AUGGAGCGAAGGCAGCAGCAGUAUCGGCGGGUGAUGAUUAGCGGUUGCAGUAGCAGCAGCAGCAACAGCAGCAGGCUGUUGCUAAUUGCCGCUAUCGCGUCGCUCUGCGUUGCCAUGGCGAUGAUGCCGACGAUGGUCGGCGCGGUCCGCUGCCCGGACAAGUGCUUCUGCCAGCAGCGGACGGUGCGCUGUAUCAAGCAGCAGCUCGAUAAGGUCCCGGAAAUGCCACCCGAUACGAGCAUUAUCGACCUCCGCUACAACCACAUCCGCGAAGUGCCAACCGGUGCCUUCGAGGGACUGCAGCAUCUGCACACGAUCUUCCUGAACGAGAACCAGCUGACGCGGGUGCACUCCGGUGCGUUCCGGGACCUGCCGGCGCUCAAGUACCUCUACCUGAACCGCAACCGGAUCGCAGCCAUCGCACCGGAUGCAUUUACGGCACUGAACCGUCUGCACAGCAUGUACCUACACUUCAACAAUCUGAGCGCGCUGCAACCGCAAACCUUCACCAGUAUGCCAUCGCUGGAGCGGCUGUAUUUGCACGGCAACCAAAUUAAGCACCUACCGGAGGGCAGCUUCGAGGGGUUGCCGUCGCUGCACCGGCUCCGGCUGGACGAUAAUGCGCUGGAAUGCGACUGCUCGUUGCUGUGGUUCGUGCGGACGAUGCAGCACCCGAACCGGAAAGCCCUGGUGGCCGGGGCCACCUGCGCCACCCCACCCACCCUCGAAGGGCAACCAAUUAGCGCGAUCACGGAGGACGAUUUUCACUGCGCCAAGCCGGAAAUCAGUACCGAGCCGAAGGACAUCGAGGUCGGCUACGGUCAGACGGCCAUCUUUAGCUGCAAGGCAACGGGUGACCCGCGGCCAGACAUUGCGUGGCUGGCGGACGAGCAGCCGAUCCGGGCGGAAUCGGCCGACGGACGGACCACUUUCCUGCCCGACGGCUCGCUACGGAUCGACGAGGUCGUACCGGCCGACGCCGGCCGGUAUCGGUGCGUGGCCCGGAACACGCUGGGCAGCACGAGGUCCCGCUCGGCCCGCCUGACGGUCAACAACGAGGUGGUGGAGAGUGAAGCCGAAGCUCCGAAGUUCCUGCGAACACCUGCCGACCAGCGCGAGCUGCUCGAGGGCGAUCCCAUCGUGCUGGAUUGUGUCGUUACUGGUGCUCCCACGCCGAGCAUCAUGUGGAAGUUCAAUGGCGACGGCAUCCAGAACGGACGCAUCAAGCUGUUCGGCAACGGGUCGCUCAUCCUGCCGGCGUCGACACUGGACGACAACGGCGUCUACACCUGCUGCGCCGGAAACGCUCUCGGCAACGUUUCGGUCAACGUGACGGUCGUGGUGAACGCCCACCCACCGGUGACAUCAUCAGCCGCACCGUCCCCAACAGCACCAUCAUCAACGUCAUCCAUCGCUUCCGGUGGGGCCACAUCGAGCCCACGGCCACCGAACGGUGCCACGCCGCUGCCAAAGCCAUCGCCCAGCGCAAGGAUCAUGGCCACCGGCUCGCCGCCGGUAGCACCAAGCACCAGGACCAUCCCGACGGAUUGGAUCGCCCAGGAACCGGAAGCUCCCCCCAGGAUAGUGCUCGGGCCGGAAAACCAAAACGUUAACAUCGGUUCAACGCUGACGCUGGAAUGUGAAGCCGACGGGAAUCCGCUGCCGCACAUCUGGUGGAAAAAGGACGGUCUAGCGGUGAACGAGUCCGGCCAGAUCUACUUCAGCGACGAUGCGAUCGAGCUCACCAUCGACCACGUCCAGGAGUCCGAUGCAGGCACGUACGUUUGUGUGGCCGAGAACGAGCUGGGCAUCGCGGAGCUGGAAGCCGAAGUGGUCGUCAUCAACGUGGGCCCGCCCCGGUUCCUGUUCGAGCCGUACGACCUGGACGCCAUCGAAGGCACCACCAUCGAGAUGCCGUGUAAGGCGGAGAACGACGAUAUUCUGCAGAUCAAAUGGCAGAAGGAUGGCCGGACCAUAACCCCGAAGGACAAGUACCGUUUAUCGGCGGCCGGCAGUUUGUUCGUGUCCAACGUCACGCAAACGGACGAGGGUCGGUACGAGUGCUCGCUGCUGAACAAGUACGGCCGUGCGACCGCCAGCGGCCGACUGACGGUGAAGAAGAAGUCGGAAGCCCUACCGGGGGACCAGUACGUGCGGAUCGCGAUUGCGGAAGCCUCGCGCGAGGUGGAUAUGGCCAUUAAUCAAACCAUCGGGCGGCUGUUUGGGUCACCGGCGAACGGCACCCGCUACCAUGGCGAUCUGUUCCGCAUCGUGCGCUUCCCGAGUGGCCCGGCCCGGGAGAUUGCCCGAGCGGCCGAGGUGUACGAGCGAGCGCUGGCCAUCGUCCGGCGGCACAUCGGGAGCGGAGCCAACCUGACGACCAACACGAGCGACUUCCGCUAUCAGGACUUCCUGUCGCCCGAGUACCUCGAUCUGCUGGAGCAACUGUCGGGCUGCAUGGCGCACCGCAUCACGCCAAACUGCUCGGACCUGUGCUUCCACGCCAAGUAUCGCUCGCUGGACGGGACGUGUAACAACUACCAGCACCCGAUGUGGGGCUCCUCGUUGACCGGCUUCGGCCGGAUGCUGCCGCCGGUCUACGAGAACGGCCUCAACAGUCCGAUCGGCUGGAACCGGUCCGCCCUGUACAAUGGAUUCCGCAAGCCGAGUGCCCGGCUCGUGUCGACCGGCCUGAUAUCGACCGAGCGCAUCACGCCGGAUGACCGCAUCACGCACAUGGUGAUGCAGUGGGGCCAGUUCCUUGACCACGACCUCGACCACGCGAUCCCCUCGGUCACGUCCGAAAGCUGGGACGGGGUGGACUGCAAGAAGACGUGCGAGUACGCGGCGCCCUGCUACCCGAUCGACAUCCCGCCGGGUGACCCGCGCAUCCGCAACCGGCGCUGCAUCGACUUUGUCCGCUCGAGCGCCAUCUGCGGGUCGGGCAUGACGUCGAUCUUCUUCGGCAGCGUGCAACCGCGCGAACAGAUCAACCAGCUGACGGCGUUCAUCGAUGCGUCGCAGGUUUACGGUUACACGGAAACGUUCGGCCAGGAACUGCGCAACCUGACCACCGAGGAGGGUUUACUGCGUGACGGACCACGCUUUCCGCAACAGAAGCCCCUCCUUCCGUUCUCCGCCCCGACGGACGGGAUGGACUGUCGGCGCGAUCUGGACGAGAGCCAGAUCAAUUGCUUCACGGCCGGGGACAUUCGCGUGAAUGAGCAACUCGGGUUGACGGCCAUGCACACGGUGUGGAUGCGGGAGCAUAAUCGGUUGGCGGGCGAGCUGCACCGCAUCAACCCGCACUGGGACGGUGAUCGGUUGUACUACGAGAGCCGCAAGAUUGUGGGCGCAAUCAUGCAGCAUAUCACGUACGAUCACUGGCUACCGCUGGUGAUCGGCGACGCGGGCAUGGCGCAGCUCGGUGCGUACGGCGGCUACGAUCCGACGGUGAAUCCGGCGAUCUUGAACGAGUUUGCGACGGCCGCGUUCCGGUUUGGGCACAGUCUGAUCAAUCCGGUGCUACACCGGCUGAACGCUUCCUACCAACCGAUCGCGCAGGGUCACUUGCCACUCCACAAGGCGUUCUUCACACCGUGGCGCCUGAUGUACGAGGGUGGCGUGGAUCCGUUGCUGCGCGGACUGUACAGUGUGCCGGCCAAGUUGAAGAAACCGGACCAGAACCUUAACACCGACCUGACGGAGCGACUGUUUGAGGUGGCCCAUGCCGUUGCGCUCGAUCUGGCCGCGAUCAACAUCCAGCGUUCGCGUGAUCAUGCCAUCCCCGGGUACAACGAGUACCGGCGCCAGUGCGGUAUGGCGUUGGCCAGCAGCUUCGACCAGCUGGCCGGUGAAAUCACGGACCCGGUGGUGCGCCGAAAGCUCGAGGAGCUGUACGGGCACCCGAGCAACAUCGAUCUCUGGGUCGGUGGCAUCCUGGAGGAUCAGCUGCCGGGGGCCAAGAUGGGCCCACUGUUUACCUGCAUCCUGGUGCAGCAGUUCCGGGCACUGCGCGAAGGCGAUCGGUUUUGGUACGAGAACGAGGUGUUCAAACCGGAGCAACUGGCCCAGAUCCGACGCUCGUCCCUGGGGCGAGUGGUGUGUGACAAUGGCGAUAACAUUACGACCAUCACGGAGAACGUGUUCGUCCUGCCCGGCAAGCAACCCGGCGGCUACAAGCGGUGCGAAGAGAUCCCGCAGCUCAACCUGGAGCACUGGGUCGACUGUACGGAUUGCUCGCGGCACCACAAGCGCUACGAACGGCCGUAUCCCCCGCCGGCUGUCACGGUGGCACAGGCCGCGGGCCCACGGCGCCGAAGGUCCGUGCCCCGGACCCGCCGGUCGCUACCGGUCAAGGGUGAUGUGCUGGGUGGUAAUGUGGACGCAGGCCCCAAACCGACACGCUUUGCCCUGAACGAGAACCACCUGAGCGAGCGCCGGCAGGACCUCGUCGACGACGACGACGGCGGCGACGAGGCAGGGCGCUUCGAUGACGAUGACAUGAACGAGGAACGGAUCGAAGGACUGGAGGCGCUGAUCGAGAGUUUCCAAAAGUCGAUGAAACAGAUGCGCCGCAAGGUGCGCCGCCUGGAGCAGCAGUGCUCGGCGGCGGUGGUGGCCGUGGCCGCCGUCAGCGCCGGCACCGGUGGCACGGUCAAUCCGGCCAAGGGCAAACCGCACGGGCACUGCGUCGACAACAAGGGCAUCAAGCGGCUGAACAACGAGAUCUGGAUGCGGGACGAUUGCACCAAGUGUGAGUGCGAGCACCACCAGAUUAGCUGCGAAACGGAGCGCUGUGCGGAGCUGAUCUGCGAGAACGGGCUGGUGCUGGUGAAGGAACCGGGCAAGUGCUGCCCGGCCUGUAUCGACGCGGCGGACGACACCGGAACCACGGUACCACGGGAAGACGCGGGUCAGUAGGGGCACGCGACGGAAUCAAUUACCGACAGGGUGGACAAAGUUCACCGUCAGUGCUAAGUUGGAUCGGUAGGUAGGGUUGUAGGUUGUAUAAAGGGUCCCCGCGCGCGCGCGCGCGGGUGGCGGACAACAACGUACAUGCGUACUUCCAGAGUAAAGCCAAAUAGUACUCCUUUGCGUUUGACAUGCAAGUGUGUAGCAAGUGAUAUAUAAUUUCGAUAAGGACCCCCGGGAAAUUGACUGCUUAGAGUCGUACACUAGAGAGACCGUUAGAUUGGUUACACGAAAGAGCAGCCCCAUUUGCAGUAGGAAGAAUGAAAAUGUUAGCCACCAAGUUUCGUUUCCGAAAUGGCGU